UACAAGUCCUUCCUGCAACAAGACCGGCAUGAUGGCGGCGGACACGCAGGUUUCAGACACCCUGAAGAAAUUUGCUGUCAAAGUGACGACGGCCAGCAUUAAGGAGCGGAAGGAGAUCUACGGGGAUUUGAGGAGGUGUCUGAAGGAAAAAGAGUUGCCAGAGGCUGCGGUUAAAGGGCUGUGUAAGCUCUUCUGCCUCACCCCCCACAGAUACCGAGAUGCGGCGUCACGCAGAGAGCUGCUGUCCGUCAUCGGCCAGCUGGCGGACAGUCAUUCUGACGUCCUGGUGUCCAGCCUCCUCCAGGGACUUUUGAACUGCGGAGUCAUCAGCAAAAAUGGAGAGCCAAGUAAGAGCUCCGGCUCUGCCGCCUUCAUCGGCCUGUCCUGGACCUGCCUUUUAAUCCCUAAAGUGUUUUCUGCUCCAGAGAAACGAGAAGGACCCAUCUGGAAGAAAAUGGUGGAGGUCCAGAGCCUUCUGGUGGCGGAAGUGGUGGGCGGAGCCAAAACCACAGCGAAGAAAUCAAGCCUGAAGAAUCUCUGUCACCUGUGGGAAGAGAAGCCUGGGCUGGUUGAUCACUACAUCAGCACCCUGCUGACCCUGGAGCAGAGCCCCACCAUGCUGCCCAUGCUGGGGGUGUGUUUGGACUUCUGCGCUGCUCAGAAGGACAAAGCUACCAUUGAGAAACACAAGAGCACCAUAUUGGACCUCUACAUUAAAUCGGUCCUGAUGAGCAAAACCAGACCGCAGCAGCACAUUUUGGAUCAGAGCGGCUCCCUGCUGCGCCACGUCACCCACUCUGCGUUCAAGGAGCUGCUGCUUCCCGCGCUGCAGAAGACCAUGCUGCGCAGUCCAGAGAACGCCAUGCAGACCGUUUCCUGCCUGCUGUCUGCUGUAACUCUGGAUCUCAGCCAGUAUGCCAUGGACAUCGGAAAGGCCGUCGCCAGCCAGCUGAAGGCCAAUAAUGCUCAGCUGAUGGAGGAAGCUGUUAAGGCCAUGCAGAACCUGGUCCAGCAGUGCAGCGACGCCGCUGCAGUUCAGGACAUCGUCUCUCAUCUUUUCAAGAUUCUCGGAGGCUCUGAAGGAAAACUCACGGUUGUUGCCCAGAAAAUGAGCGUAUUGUCAGGGAUCGGCAGCUGCAGCCAUCACGCGGUGUCAGGAACCUCCAGUCAGACUCUGAGCUCUGCGGUCUCUGUCAUGUUCAUCCCUUACUUGCAACAGGAAGUUCACGAGGGCACCUUGGUGCACGCAGUGGGGGUUCUGUCUCAGUGGAGCAGUCGCCUCACGGUGGAGGUCCCCGCCGCUCUGCUGGACUGGUUAAAGAAGGCGUUUACUCUGAAGACCUCCACCUCCGCUGUUCGCCAUGCGUACCUUCAGACCAUGCUGGGGGCCUUUAAAGGUGACACUUUGGCGCAGGCGUCAGACCUCAUCCCGCUGCUCCUCCAGACAGUUGAGAAAGCUGCAGCACAAAACUCCCAGCAUGCUCUGCUUGCAGAGGGUGUAGCAGCUUCGGUUCUUUUGAGUCGACUCUCUCUGCUGGAGACACAAACGGAGGCCAAAUUCAGCAGCUUCUGGAACCUGAUCUUGGAUGAGAAGAAACCGUUGUUCACCACCGAGAAGUUCCUGUCCCAAGGCAGCGAAGAGACUCUGCUCACCGUGCUGCAGCUCUGCGAGAGGCUGUUUCUGGACCACGCUCACCGAUUGAACACCAGCAGAUCACAGAUGUAUCAUCAGGCCGCCGUUGCAGUGCUGCUGUCUCGGAGCUGGCGUGUGAGGAAGAAGGCCCGGCAGACGGUCAGGAAGCUGCUCUCCUCUCUGGGCGGCUCCAGUCUCGCUCACGGCCUGCUAGGAGAGCUGCGGGUCGUCAUCAACAAACAUAAAGUUCUGGCGCAGGACGUCCUGCUGUCGGAGUCAGGAGAGCUGACGGAGCUCGGUCGCAGCUACAUCCCACCUCGCGUCCUGCUGGACGCCCUGUGUGUCGUUUGCUCGGCUGCCAGCCAGUGGGGGGAUCCGGCUGAGGCGGAGAAUGUAGCAAUGGAGACUCUGAUUGUCACCCAUCAUCCCUCCAUCGUCGGUGUUCGUCCCGGCCUGUGGCCCCUCCUGCUCUCCUCCAUGAAGAUUCGAGCUGAGGAGCUCAUCGAGAAGAACCUGGAGGCCAUCCUGCCACAGCUGCUGGAGGUCAAUGCUGACAGCCAGGCGGUGAAAAACGCAGUCGGUGCGCUCAGCGUCCUGUCGCCAAACAAGCUGUUGCCGCGGGUGAUGAGUCAUGUGAUCGAAGGUCUGCGUCAGCCCGCUCUCCUCCAAGUCACCAGGGAGGAGUACGCCAUCAUGCAGACCCCAGAUGGAGAGCUGCACGAUAACAGCAUCAUCCAGAGAGUGUCCCCACCAACUUUCAUCACAAAGUUCCACCCUCGUUUAAACGUCUUCCUGCUGUGUUUGUCUCAGGUUCUUGCGUCUCAGUGCCUGACGGCGCUGUGUGCCAGCGCAGGAGGAGGCGACGGCUGCACGGUGGCCGAGCAGCCGGAGAUCGACGUCCUGCUCAGCGCCCUGCUUUCCUCCUGCUUCUCUGUCAGAGAUGCUGCUCUCAGGGGGUUGUUGGAGAUGGAGUUCGCUCUAUCUACAGACAGCACCGAGAGCAGCGGGAUGAGUUUGCUGCGCAGGCUUUGGGUUGCCAGGUUUGAUGUUGAAGAGGAGGGACGAGCCUUGGCCGAGAGACUCUGGGAGUCUCUGGGUUUGGAGCUGGUCCCUGAGCUCUGCACGCUGCUGAUCGGAGACAUCACUCACCAUGAGGAGGCCAUCCGCUCAGCAGCAGCAGAGGCCCUCUCUAGCGCUGUGUCCCAGUACAGAGACCAGUCUGCCGCUGUGCUCGGUCAGCUCACUGAGCUCUACCAUCAGAAACUUUAUAGGCCGCCUCCUGUCCUGGACGCUCUGGGAAGAGUGAUCUCAGAAUCUCCGCCGGACCAGUGGGAGGCCAGGUGCGGCAUUGCUCUGGCUCUCAACAAGCUGUCGCAGUACCUGGACGAAUCUCAGGUCACGCCUCUCUUCCUGUUCUUUGUGCCUGAUGCCCUGAACGACCGGCACGCCGAGGUGCGGCGCUGCAUGCUGGAUGCCGCCCUCUCAGCGCUCAACACGCAUGGAAAGGAUAACGUCAGCUCCCUGCUGCCGGUGUUCGAGGAGUUUCUGAAGAACGCCCCGCAGGACGCCAGCUACGACUCGGUUCGUCAGAGUGUCGUCAUCCUCAUGGGAUCUCUGGCCAAACAUCUGGAUAAAAACGACCCGAAGGUCAAACCCAUUGUGGCCAAGCUUAUAACGGCGCUGUCUACGCCAUCACAGCAGGUCCAGGAGUCCGUGGCUGGCUGCCUGCCUCCUUUGGUCCCGGCUAUCAAGGAGGAUGCAGCAGGAAUCGUCCGGAAUCUGCUGCAGCUGCUGCUGGAGAGUGACAAGUAUGCGGAGCGGAAAGGAGCGGCGUACGGCCUGGCUGGGCUGGUCAAAGGCCUGGGCAUCCUGGCGCUCAAACAACAGGACAUCAUGACCACGCUGACAGACGCCAUCCAGGACAAGAAGAACUUCAGACGAAGGGAAGGAGCGCUGUUCGCCUUCGAGAUGCUGUGCAACAUGCUGGGGAAGCUGUUUGAGCCAUACGUGGUCCACGUGCUGCCACACCUCUUGCUUUGCUUUGGAGAUGGAAACCAGUAUGUCCGGGAGGCUGCAGACGACUGCGCCAAAGCUGUGAUGAGGAACCUGAGCGCCCAUGGAGUGAAGCUGGUGCUUCCUUCUCUCCUGGUGGCCCUGGAGGAGGAAUCAUGGAGGACCAAAGCAGGCUCGGUGGAGCUGCUGGGCGCCAUGGCGUUCUGCGCGCCCAAACAGCUGUCCUCCUGCCUGCCCAGCAUCGUGCCCAAGCUGACGGAGGUCCUGACCGACUCCCACGUCAAGGUGCAGAAGGCGGGCCAGCAGGCCCUGCGGCAGAUCGGCUCCGUCAUCCGCAACCCGGAAAUCUUGGCCAUCACUCCCAUCCUGCUGGACGCCCUCACCGACCCGUCCAGGAGGACACAGACGUGUCUCCAGACGCUGCUGGACACCAAGUUCGUCCACUUCAUCGACGCCCCCUCCCUGGCCCUCAUCAUGCCCAUCGUCCAGAGGGCCUUCCAGGACCGCUCCACAGACACUCGCAAGAUGGCGGCACAGAUCAUCGGCAACAUGUACUCCCUGACCGACCAGAAGGACCUGUCGCCCUACCUGCCCAGCGUGAUCCCCGGCCUGAAGGCGUCUCUGCUGGACCCGGUGCCUGAGGUACGAACCGUCUCCGCCAAGGCUCUGGGCGCCAUGGUGAAGGGGAUGGGGGAGUCAUGCUUCGACGACCUGCUGCCUUGGCUCAUGGAGACCCUGGCCUCCGAGCAGAGCUCCGUGGACCGCUCCGGCGCUGCACAAGGCCUGGCUGAGGUGAUGGCCGGACUGGGCGUGGAGAAGCUGGACAAGCUGAUGCCAGACGUGGUUCAGACCGCCAGCAAGGUGGACAUCGCUUCUCAUGUCAGAGACGGUUACAUCAUGAUGUUCAUCUACCUGCCCCUCACCUUUGGGGAUAAGUUCACCCCCUACGUGGGCCCCAUCAUCCCCUGCAUCCUGAAGGCUCUGGCUGAUGAGAACGAGUACGUGAGGGACACGGCGCUGCGAGCCGGCCAGAGGAUCAUCAGCAUGUACGCCGAGACGGCCAUCGCCCUGCUGCUGCCGGAGCUGGAGCAGGGCCUGUUUGACGACCUGUGGAGGAUCAGGUUCAGCUCAGUCCAGCUGCUGGGAGACCUGCUGUUCCACAUUUCUGGAGUAACGGGAAAGAUGACCACGGAGACCGCGUCAGAGGACGACAACUUUGGCACCGCUGCAUCAAACAAGGCCAUCAUCUCUGCUCUGGGAGCGGAGCGGCGGAACCGGGUGCUCUCCGGCCUCUACAUGGGCCGCUCUGACACCCAGCUGGUGGUGCGGCAGGCGUCGCUCCACGUGUGGAAGAUCGUCGUUUCAAACACGCCCCGAACGCUGAGAGAGAUCCUCCCCACGCUCUUCUCCCUCCUGCUGGGCUUCCUGGCCUCCACCUGCCCCGAUAAGAGAACGAUCGCCGCUCGGACGCUGGGCGAUCUGGUGAGGAAGCUGGGCGAGAAGAUCCUCCCGGAGAUCAUCCCCAUCCUGGAGGACGGGCUGCGCUCCGACAAGAGUGACGAGCGGCAGGGCGUGUGCAUCGGGCUCAGCGAGAUCAUGAAGUCCACCAGCAAAGACGCGGUGCUGAUCUUCUCCGAGUCGCUGGUCCCAACUGUGAGGAAGGCUCUGUGCGACCCGCUGGAGGAGGUCCGGGAGGCGGCGGCCAAAACCUUCGAGCAGCUCCACGCCACCAUCGGCCACCAGGCGCUGGACGACAUCCUGCCCACUCUGCUCAAACAGCUGGCGGAUGAGGACACAGCGGAGUUUGCCCUGGAUGGUCUGAAGCAGGUCAUGGCUGUGAAGAGCCGUUCUGUGCUGCCAUAUCUGGUCCCAAAGCUGACCGCUCCUCCUGUGAACACCCGUGUGCUGGCCUUCCUCUCUGCGGUGGCCGGAGAUGCUCUGACGCGUCACCUUGGCGUCAUCCUGCCCGCUCUGCUCUCCUCCCUGAAGGGGAAGCUGGGAACGGAGGAGGAAGCUCAGGAGCUUUGCAGCUGUCAGACCGUCAUCCUGUCAGUGGAGGACGAGGCAGGUCAGAGGAUCAUCAUCGAAGACCUGCUGGAGGCGACGCGAGGCGCCGACCCUGGCCUCCGACAGGCCGCCAUCACCGUCUUAAAUGCUUACUUUGCUCGUACUCGCCUGGAUUACAGCGCUCACAUUCGCACGCUGCUGUCGGGCCUGAUCCGCCUGCUGAACGACUCCAACGCAGAGGUCCUCUCCCAGAGCUGGGACACCAUCAACUCCAUCACCAAGAAGCUGGAUGCCAGCAGCCAGCUGGCUCUGAUCGACGACCUGCAUCGAGACAUUCGAGCCGUUGCUGCUGAUGUCAAAGGUCAGCACCUGCCUGGGUUCUGUCUGCCCAAAAAGGGUGUGACGUGUAUCCUGUCAGUCCUGAGAGAAGGCGUCCUCACAGGAAGCCCCGAGCAGAAGGAGGAAGCAGCCAAAGCCCUGGGCGGCGUCAUCAGACUGACGUCUCCUGAAGCUCUGCGGCCGUCGGUCGUAAACAUCACAGGACCUCUGAUCCGCAUCCUGGGAGACCGUUUCGCCUGGACGGUGAAGACGGCUCUGCUGGAGACCCUCACCCUGCUGCUAGCCAAGGUGGGAAUCGCCCUGAAGCCCUUCCUGCCGCAGCUGCAGACCACCUUCCUGAAGGCGCUGCAGGACUCCAGCCGCGCAGUGAGGCUGCGGGCCGCCGAGGCUCUGGGUCAGCUGGUCUCCAUCCACACCAAGGUCGACCCUCUGUUCACCGAGCAGCUCUCCGCCAUCCGCAACGCCGAGGACUCUGGAGUGAGGGAAACGAUGCUCCAAGCUUUGAGGUUUGUCAUCCAGGGGGCCGGAGCCAAAGUGGACCCGACCAUUCGAAAGAACAUCACCAGCACAUUACUGGGCAUGCUCGGACACGACGAGGAUGCAACACGUAUGGCCUCGGCAGGCUGCAUCGGCGAGCUGUGUGCCUUCCUGUCAGAGGAGGAGCUGAAGACUGUCUUACUUCAGCACGUCUUAGCCGACGUGUCUGGCGUGGACUGGAUGGUGCGUCAUGGUCGCAGCCUGGCCCUGGCCAUAGCUGUGAAGGCUGCUCCCGACAGGCUGUGUGGAAAGGAUUACGGUGAGACGGUGACAGAAACCAUUUUGACCAACGCCACAGCUGACCGGAUUCCCAUCGCUACCAGCGGCAUCCGAGCUUUGGGAUAUCUGAUGAGGCAUCAUCUGCGGACGGAAGGAGGCAGCAGCGGCGUCUCCCAGCGCGCCGUCCCCCACUUUGUUAAGUGUCUUCAGAACCAAUCCAGUGACAUCAGACUGGUGUCGGAGCGAGUGCUGUGGUGGGUGUUCAAAGACCCGACUACUCCCACCAUGGAGGCCGGCCUGAUCAAGCCGCUGCUGAAGAGCCUGCUGGACAACACCAAGGACAAGAACACCACGGUCCGAGCCCAGAGCGAACACACCAUCGUCAGCCUGCUGCGGCUCCGCCAGGGAGAGGAAACCAUGCAGAGCAUCACUGCCAUCCUGGACUCUGCAAGCAACGACCUGCUGUCAGAGUGUCACCGCCGCUCGCUGAAGAAAAUAGCCAGCCAGCCGGACUCCAACGAGGAGAUCGACGACACCAUCCUGACCUGAAGGAGCAAGACUGGAGGAUGAAAGCGAAGCUACAGAGGGUUCAUCGACGGCGUGAACCAGAACCCAAACGCUCUCCACACAUGCUCCCUUUGAACCAGCGUGGGAGGAGGAGGAGGAGGAGCAGCUCUCCCUUCCCUCACGUUUCUGCAAACAUUUUAUUUUAUUUUUUACCUUUUGUUUCAGCGGCCUUUUCCUGAUCCUAACUUUCAUCUGGUGACAUUAGAAAGACGCCAAAUCUGUGCUAGUCCAGUGUUCUGCUACGUCUUUUAUCAGCGAUCGGAAGCGUUUAAGAUGUAAGGAAUAACACCCCACCUUUGGUUUUCUUUGGACUUGACAUGUGAGAAACGUUUGGAGGAUUUGACCUCCUAUUAGACAAAUCAAUCUAAUCUGUGACUCUUGUAAAAAAAAAAAAAAACAGAAUAAAAACAGAUUCUUCUGUCUGCGUUGGUCAGAGGUCAGUGGGGCUAAAACGGAUUCUAUGUAGCAAAUAAAUCACUCGCAUCCACCCAGACAGGUGACACCCUGCACAGGUGAGCGCUCCAUCGCAGAACAAUCAGUCCUGAGUCCUUAAAUUAAACGUUUCACCUAAAGAAAUCUCUGUGUUUUGAUUCUAGUUGUUUUCCAGCUGAGGAAAAGGUUAAAAAGUUUAAACCCUGAAGAUCCUGAAAAUCAAUAACUGGAACUAAACCAGUCAAAGUUUGGCAGCAUCUCUGACAUCACCCUGAAUCUUUGCUCCUCCCUUGUAGCUCUGAGAUGUUUGAGAAGUUUCUGAUUUUACAGCCUGUUUCAAGUCACCCACAGCAUCUGAUGCAGCGGCCUGGAUUUCCUGCUGGUUUGUUGGGUCUUUAUCAUGCUGCAGGGUCCAGUUCUGCUUCAGCUUUAAUCUGUUUUUGGAGAAGUUCUCUGGUUUCUCUCCGACACGCCGCAUAAUUCAUGAUGAUCUCUGUAACAUUAGCUGGAUCUGUUCUGUUGGCUGUGCAGACAAACAGUUUAAACACCAGAAGCACAAACCUGCUUUGAAUCUUGCAGUCUUUCCUCGGUGGGAACCUGCUUGACGAUCGGACCUUUGCAUGUCGGCCGUUGUUCUGAUUCGUUAUAUUUUCAUAUCAGUGAAUUUCUUUCCAAACCAUCUCCCCUCUGAAGCUGUUUAAACCUCACUGUGGUGUCCGCUCUCUCUCCAACAGUCAGCAUCGUUCAAUCAAUCAAUUUCCAAAUCAAUUUAGAGGAUGAAGAGAGCACAAGCAGUUAGUCACAGUCAGAGAAACUGGACUAAACACUGUAAAAACAGGCCAAGCUCCAAC